AUGUUCAAGCUCGCCCGUAGCAAGCCAAUUGCUGCAACCUUCAGAGCCGCUACAGGGACGCCAAUUCGAAGUCGCUUUGCCCAACAGCAAAAAAGAAACCUCUCCAUCCAUGAAUACCUCUCCGCAAACCUCCUAAAAUCAUAUGGCGUUGGCGUGCCGAAGGGUGAAGUUGCCCGAACUGCGGAGGAAGCGGAGGUUGUCGCCAAACAGAUUGGUGCGGAGGAUCUAGUGAUCAAGGCUCAAGUUCUCGCUGGUGGUCGAGGAAAGGGCACUUUUGAUAAUGGCCUGAAGGGUGGUGUGCGCGUCAUAUACUCACCGACUGAGGCCAAGAUGUUUGCUGGUCAGAUGAUUGGCCACAGGCUCGUCACCAAACAAACCGGCGCCCAAGGUCGCCUCUGCAAUGCCGUAUAUAUCUGCGAGCGCAAGUUUGCUCGACGAGAAUUCUACCUAGCUAUUCUGAUGGACAGGCAGACGCAGGCGCCCGUCAUCGUUUCUUCCUCGCAAGGUGGUGUGGAUAUCGAGUCAGUCGCCAAGGAAACCCCCGAGGCUAUUACCACGACCAGCGUUGAUAUCAACGUCGGUGUCACGGAUGAGAUGGCAAGGAAUAUUGCCAAAGAUCUCGGAUUUUCAGAACAGUGCGUGGAAGAGGCCAAGGACACCAUCCAAAAGCUUUACAAAGUCUUCAUGGAGAAGGACGCCACUCAAAUCGAGAUCAACCCUCUUUGCGAGACUACUGAGCACGAGGUUCUUGCCAUGGAUGCGAAACUUGGCUUUGAUGAUAAUGCCGAAUUCAGACAAAAGGAGAUUUUCUCGUGGAGAGAUACUACCCAGGAAGACGCUGAUGAAGUCAAGGCUGCUGAGUCUGGAUUAAACUUCAUUAAAUUGGAUGGAGAUAUCGGUUGCUUGGUCAACGGAGCCGGCCUUGCAAUGGCAACCAUGGACAUCAUCAAGCUCAACGGCGGCAACCCUGCCAACUUCCUCGACGUUGGUGGUGGUGCUACUCCACAGGCAAUUAGAUCUGCUUUUGAGCUUAUCACCAGCGACCCCAAGGUCACUGCUAUCUUUGUCAACAUUUUCGGUGGUAUUGUCAGAUGCGAUGCCAUCGCCCAAGGGUUGAUCAAUGUUGUCAACGAAAUGAACCUUCGCACCCCGAUCGUUGCACGUUUGCAAGGAACCAACAUGGCUAAAGCGCAUGAGCUGAUCAAUGAAUCUGGCCUAAAGAUCUUUUCCAUGGAGGAUCUGCAAAAUGCCGCUGAAAAAUCUGUCCAGUUCUCCAAGGUCGUCAAGAUGGCCCGCGAAAUCGACGUGGGCGUAGAAUUCUCGCUUGGUAUUUAA